GGUCGGUGUGCGAGACACAUCCACAGCGCUCAACGAACCUCGAUUCCAGCGAACCUAUUCCGUUUGCUUUUCCGAUUCCAAUUCCGAUUCGCUUCGAUCCCGAAUCGUGCGUGAGUUUUUCGAGUGCCCUAGCUGUGCGGUUAUGGCUCCGUUUACCCGGUUCUAAUUGGAUCGUGCGUGCGGAUUUGGAACGGCUUCCCGUGGCUCGAAGAGACGCUCAAGGGUUUCCGAGAUUUGAGAUUUGAAAUAGUUGCGGUUGUUGCUGUUGUGCCUGUGAUAUUUCUGUCGUGAUUUUCUCUGAUUGUUGUUGCCCUUGGGAAGCUAUUAAGCUCGGCGGGUGGUUGAACCGGGCCAGCAAAUACGUGCUGAAUGAGUUGUGAAUCUUUUGAAUAUUUCGCGUCGUUUUCUGGGGAAGUGCAAAAGUGUCGGGAAGUUUGUUGCCUCAGUCUUUUGUGUUGGGACGGCGUAAUCGCAGCAGCAGCCGCAACAACAACAGCUCGGAAUAUUUGCCACAAAUCGCCAAAGAGCCGCUCUUAGCGUCUCUUUAACGCUCUUGGCCAACUCUUAAAUGUGCAAUUCCCGCAGCGUUAACAUGUAAAACGAGUGUUGGCCACAAAACGAAAUAAUUAUAGAGGAAGCACGCAAAAAAGAAACACUAAGGAAGUACACAAAAUAGAAAUCAAACUAAUGUGAAACCAAAUUUCGUUAAAAUACUUAAAAUCAUCAUUCGUUCCGGACAACCAGUUUAAAGCACAGCGAAAUCGCAAACAACGGACACAUAACGAAUUGGAUUACGCAAAAAGGGCGAAUUUGGAUAGAGCUCGCACCAUGAAGACAGGCACUCGAAUGGACGCUUUCCACACGGCGCUGCACUUAAUCACAAUCGCAGCUCUGACGACGCACGCGGCGCAGAUUCCAACGGCAAUGAAGGAUGCGCAGAGCUCGCUGAGCGAGGCGAUUGCAGCGGCGGAGGCGGAGGUGGCCUCCACCUCCAAGCCGGCGGUGGAGCCGAGUGUGCGGAUCAAGUGCCUCUCCGGAUCGAUGCUGAUCACCAUCAAAGACGCUCCUCCGAACCACGAGACGGGGCUGUUUAGUGGCAUGAUCUACCCGAAAGGCCUGUCCAAGAACUCCACCUGCUUGAGCGAGUACAGAGAUCAUGUGGGCUCCCUGCGGUACAAGCUGCCGCUGAGGUCUUGCAACACGAUGCCAAAGGAAACGGAUGACGGUGGCAUUGAGUUCUUCAACACCAUCGUGCUGCAGCCCCACCUGAAGCUCAUCACUGACCUGGGACGUGGCUACCACGUCCGCUGCGCCUACAAGAGUCGCGACGCGGCCAUGAAGCCCAAGAAGUACCUGCGCAAGCACGCCCAGAAGCCGCAGGCCUUCCGCAGCGACGAUCGGCGGGAGUACGGGCGAUCGCUGGACAAGCAGCAGGACGACGACCUGGACGAGGAGGAUGUCUACGAUGCGAAUGCCCCGUCGCAGGAGGAGGACGUGACCAACAACGAGAUUCCCAUGCCGGGCUGCCACAUGAAGAUCUACAACGACGAGCACAAGAUCGCCGACGAUGUCAAGAUCGGCGAUCCUCUGACCAUCGUGAUCAGCAUCGAUAAGCAGCAGGUUUACGGACUCCAUGUCACGGACUGCAUAGUUCGCGAUGGCCUGGGUUGGGGAGAGCAGCGACUGGUGGGCGAGGAUGGCUGCCCCAUGGACAACGAGAUCAUGGGUCAGUUCAACUACACCCUGGACCGACUGGCGGCCAACGUGACCUUCCCGGCGCACAAGUUCCCCUACACCACCUCCGUCUACUACCAGUGCAACGUGCGACUGUGCGCUCUGGAGGAUCCCACCUGCCAGGAGGCUCCCCAGUGCGUUGGCAAGAGGCCCAAGCGCCAGACUGCCGUGGACAGCAAGGAGGAGGACGGCCUGCCCGCCACCAUCGAGGUCUUCUCUGGCCUGUACGUGAACGAGAACGAAAAUGCCAACGACAGCGAUGAGGACGCGGUUUACAAGGAGAAGACUCUGGACGACGCCCUGUGCGUGUCGCAACGCACCUUCGCCAUAGCCAUUGCCAUCGCCGGACUGAUCCUUAUGCUGGCCGUGGUCGCCGCCGUGCUCUGCAUCAUGGCGCGCAGGAGCACCAAGACGGUGUCCAACUCGGGCAGCUCCAUCUACAGCGGACCCUACACGAACACCGCCUUCUCGCACAGCAGCUAAGCGCGGCAGGAAGAUGGGGCGGAUGAUAAGUCCCCCAGGAGGAGAUUCUAAAUUCAACGUUUCCAAAAUGCAAAACACUCAAAGUGUUUAAAAAAUCAGAGGGUUCCCAGGAGGAGAUUCGGUCGCGCAGGUGCGCUGCGGUAGUCAACGAUUGGUAGGAGCGGAGCCACUUAGUUUUAGGAUGCCGGAGCAGUCAGACGUCCAGCGGCUGUUUCUUAGAUUAGGUCUAGCCUUAGUUGCAAAUGAUGUGCAGAGAUUACCGGGCAAUGGCAAUGGGGUCCAUCCUAAUUGCCCGCUAAUGUCGCAGAGAUCUUGGUGCCCCCACCCCCCAUUCGGAAACGGAUAUCCAAGGAGCUCUGUUCCGCACAGUCGGUGUUGGACUCGCCCCCCCCUAAGCGUGUUUCUACAUCCCUGACCCCUCCUCCAAUCCACUAUAAUCUAUAAUCUGUCGAACUAACAACGAAUGCAGCAGCCGACGCUCAGGUGAUAUUUGUACUCGUAUCUACUUAAUGUCCAACCAUGGAUGUACUAUUCGUAAUUUAUUUACCCAUCGGAUGACCAACUGCCCUUCUAGUAGAAUUUCCUCAAUACUUUCUUGUCAUCGAUUUACGUACUUAAUUCCCACGCGGCAGGCGCCCUUAUUAGUAAUCAGCCGUCCGGAUCAGCCACCUACUAUACAUGGUAUAUAUAUAACAUACUCGUCGUAUAUGAAAGCAGAAAUGAACAGUUCUCAAACUAAGCUCAGCAUUUGCACCGCUUCAAUCGAGCAUUCCCACGUCAACCACUGGCAGGGGGAAUGCUCCUCUGGAGCCGUCCAAGCCACGCGAUUCAAGUUAGCGUACCUCUAAGUUAAUAUUAAUCAAUGAACAAUAAACUCAAACUGACCUAAAUA